AUGGCGGAAAAGACCAAGGAGAGGCAGCGGAGGGAGAAGUUUUCUGCCCAAGAACUGGAUGUGUUAGUAGAGGAGUGUAGUAAUUAUAGUAAAAUGCUUCAAAAUCGCAAUGUCCAAACUGCUCGCAAAAAGGACAUUUGGAACUGUAUUGCGAAAAAGGUAAAUGCAAUAGGGGGUAAAUCGCGUUCCGCUGAUGAAAUUAAGAAAAGAUGGCAUGACCUAAGGAGACGUACAAAAGAAAAGGUCGCUUUUAAUAAAGCAGCAGUGAAGAAGACCGGUGGUGGUCCUAUUGAGGAAAUGCCCCUGACGCCUUUAGAGGAACUUGUCCAGAUGUCGCUCACCGGAGAGCAAGUAACAGGCGUCGAUGGAAUUGAUUCACUGGAACCCAUUAUUCAGGAGAGUUCUUCUCAAGGAACAAUAUCUUCAGCUGUUAGUUUGGAUGCCGACAUUUCAACUGCUUCACGAGUCACAGUAUAUCCUCAAUGUGAUAACUCCUCAACGCAACUACCGCUUGCUGAUAUUGACUUAAAGUUACUUAACGAACAACAUAUGCAGACCACUGCGUUAAAAGACACCUUGCCAAGCUUGGUAAAUGGGCUUGAGGAAUUGUCUGUGUCAAUGCAGAAAAUUACUGGAUACACCGAAGCCCUUGUCAGCCACACUCGGCAGCUGGUCAAAGCUGUUUCAGGUCUGGAUAUGUCCGUCCGUGGUCUAGUCCAGGCCACCCAGACCAUGAAUGAAUCCCUGCUUCGUAUUCUAGAUCGGCCAAACCAUAAUGGCAGAAACCCCACAAGCUCCGCAGGGCAAAUACACCCUGGACGACCAGGACUCCGGUGUCACAAAAGAAAACUCGUCGAAAGCCAAGAUGACCGCAAGACCAAGCGCAACAAAUAG